AUGUUCGAACAUGGUAUUCUUCGUAUUCCAGGCGCCCGGCCUUUCCGCAGGUCUUCUAAGCAUGAUAUCCAGAUGCGAGAACAAUCUUGGGACAGCCGAUUUCAUCUAGAUAAACUUCCUGAUUAUGAUGCAAAUAAAGAUCGGCACAUACAAGUUCAUUUAGGCGUGACAAAAAGGAAAAAAAUUAUUGCAGCACCAGGAAAAAUAAGGAAAGCUAAUGAUAUUCCGAAUAGAGUCCCCAAAUCUGCUUCAAAUAAAGGAAUUGGGGUAGGCAAACCGCCAGUAUUGAAGGGACAGAUCUUUAAAAAACUAACUGAUAAUUUAGUAGAACUGUGGGAAGAAAAAGGUGUGCCUGAGUACCAGCAAAGAUUAUUUUUAUUCUUUUUUAAUAGAAAAUAAAAAAAAUUAAUGGCGAUAUAAUAAUAUAAAAACGUAUUCUUUUAAAUAAGGAAUAUCAGCUAUUGAAAAUCUACCAGCAAAACAAAAAGCAAACAAGAUGGUUAAAGAAAUUGAUGAAACAAAUAGUAAUAAAAGCGUCCUUAUACACGCAAUUAAGACGAUAAAUGCAAGAGAGCAAGCUUUAUUAGAGCUGAAAAAAUUGACCCAAAAAGACAGAAACUCGAUUUCCAGACAAGAAUUAGCUGACAAAUUGUCAAAUUUAAGAACACUUUCGCUGAAUGCUGUGGAGCUGAUACAAAACUGGAGAGAAAAAUUAUCAAAUUUAAGCCAGAAUAUGUCGCUAUCAAAAACCCAGUUUCUUAUAAAUGAUGAGAAUUAUUUGAUAAAAAUGAAAACUGAUACUAUUUAUCUUGCAGACACAAUUAUUGCUGACUUAAUUUACAUUUCUAAUAAAUCAGACCCAUUUUUCGUAUAUGCAAGCUCUGUGAGUUUGGGAAAAAUAAAAUCUCCAAGAAAAUUGGAACUUCCAAUAGCAAAUUCUUUACUUACAUUCCUAGCCAAUAUAUAAAUAAUGCGAAUAUUUUUUUUAUUUUUUCGCAAAUACUAUAAAUAUUUUUUUAUAUUUUUUCAUAAUUUAUAUAGUUUUGUAUUAAUUUAUAAGUAUUAGAGAGUUAGUAGGAUAAGAAAAUGUGAAAUGAUUCUAUUAGAAGAAGGGGUGUCCGCUGCGCCUGUUCGAGAAACUUUAUUUGACUUACGAAAUAAAUCUCAUGCUUUUAAUAAUGAUCCGCCUCAAGUAAAUUCAGACAAAGAAAAUGAAGACUCUAAAAGCUCAAGAAGAAGUUCUUCCUGAGGCCGAAAUAAAUCCAACAGAUCUUUAUUCUCAAGAGACAACAGCUGUAAUGCAUCUCCAGAAGAGUCAAAAAUACACAUUUUACCACCAGAAACGCCUGUAAAUAUAGAGCCACAGCCCUUGGUAACUGAAAGGCUUUUUAUUGAGUCUUUAUCUGGAAACAACAUAGAACAACAAAUUGCGGAAUAUUCUAAUAAAGUCCCUGAAAGCCUAAAAGAAGCAUUAGGAAAGCCUGAAAACGCGUAUGUCCUUUCCCAAACUUUAAGAUUUCCAGCAUAUCUCUGGAUAAGACAGCAUCAAAAUAUCAUAGGGUUUGUGAUACUAAAUUUAGAAAACCAAAAAUCAGUACAAAAAAGGCUUAUACCAAUUAAUAAAAAUUAUUAUCAUUUUUAAUUAUUGGAUUUUUUAUAUAUAAAAAUAUUAUUUAAUAUAUAGGAAAGGCUUAUGAUUUCACACAUCUCAGCAGAAUCUCUGCAAGCUUUUGGGGAAAUUUUAAAUAUGAUGGUAGGGUAUAUUUGGGAAAACUACCCAUGCAUUGAAAUUAGAAGUGGGAUAAUUUCAAAAGUCAAUGAACAAGGGAAAUAUGAGGCUGAUAAGUCAAUUAAGGAGCAUUUUGAUAAAUUGGGGUUUAGGUGGAAACAAAUGAUUUAUACUGGAGAUAAAACCCCACUGCAGUUGCUAGGGCUAAGAAGACCUGAAACUGCUCCAUGCGAUGAAAAUUUGCCAGCAAAGCAGCUUUUUGGAGACUCUAUAGAGCUUGCAUAUGGCUGUGCUGCACAAAUUUCAAACAAUUCCAGGACAAUUCCUACCCAUAGUCCUUAUUUCAGCUUAAUCGGGAUUUCUUGCGCACUUCGUGCGCUAGGUCAAUUUUCAUCAGAAUCUGACCUUGGCCACAAAGUCCAAGACCUAAUCGGGAAAAUGCAAGCAUCAUGGGUGCCUCCUGCUUUCAGAUUUCGCAAAGAAAAAUAUGACGGCGCCUUAAACGACCUCCGAUCUAUAGGACUUACCUUAUCAGAUUUCAAAGACGACUCAGAAACCUCCGUUUCAUGUUCAGCAUUAGGCCUUUCCUGGUCCAAAUCUAUGACAACAAUAAUUAAUGGGAUUUCAUAUACCCGCAUCUAUCAAACCCAAAUAAAUAUUAUGAAAUCUGAUGAUUUAUUAGCAUAUAUAUAUUAAAUUCCAUUAAUUUCGCAUCAUUUUUGCUAUAAAAAUAAAAAAAAAUUUACUAUACUAAAUAGGGAUAGUAGUACCCACAGAAGACCCAAAUUUUAGUGCAUUUUUUAUCCCUUGUUCAGAAAGUAACGGAUCUAUGGCUUUUAAUUACGCAAAAGAAGUUUUGUCACGGAUAACCAAAGUGGAGGACGUUAAAGAAGAAAUAUGGAUUCCUGCGUUUUCUAUUGUGGAUGAAAAUAAGCUUGGCGAGCUCAUCAACUCAAAAGUGGCUGAUUUUUCCAUAUCUUCCUGCAGUGAAAUUGUAAAUUUGAAGUUUUUAGCCCCUCUGCAUCCUCAAGGAUCUAUUAUUAUCCAUCCAGAUCCAAAUGCUUUAGUAUUAGAAGACAGUUUUAUUUUUGGAAUCAUGCAUAGCAAAAUUGAUGAAAUGCUCGAAGUUCCAUUCUUCGUCACUUUUGUAAGCCGAAGCGACUUUUCUAAAGCAUUUUAA